AUGGGAGAGGCGGAACUCGCCACUCCUGAGGCCUUCUCUCGGAAUCCCUCGUGUGUUUGGGAGUUUUAUCACUACCGCCGCGAGGUCAUGCUCUCAAAGAAUCCCAACCCCGCCCACCUGGCCAUCAGCGAGUGUGAGGAGCGCCUCACACAGCAGGGGAGAGAAGUUACUGUCAUCACUCAGAACAUCGACGAGCUCCUCGAGGAGAUAGAGGAAGGGGUGAUCAACUUCAGGAAGGAGUUCAUGAUGGGUCCUGCUCCCUCCGAUACACUGACAGAGUUGCAAACCCACGCCGAGCGCCUCCGCCAGCCCAACGCCGACAUCCCGGAGCAGCAGCGCCAGAGGCAGCUGGAGGUCAUGUGUGCGCAGCUACCGGUCAUGAUGGAGGAGCAAGGGUAUUCUGCUGAGGAGAUAGAGGAAGGGGUGAUCAACUUCAGGAAGCAGUUCGGGAUGGGUCCUGCUCCCUCCCAUACACUGACAAUAGUCGUUAGUUGCAGCCCUACUGUCAUCACUCAGAACAUCGACGAGCUCCAUCGCCGCGCUGGAUCCAAAAACAUCCUGGAGCUCCACAAUGAGAAGGAAAGAGUUCUCGUAGUCUGUUCCGAACCCGCUGUAUGA